AUGGUGCUGGAAGGAAACCCUGACGUGGGAUCCUCUCAAACCUUGGACCUCCAGCACCCAGGGAACAAGGGCUCUUUCAUCCUCUCUUCUCCUGGUGAAGACGCACUGCCAGGCGAGGAACCCAUCAAGUAUGGUGAACUCAUCGUCCUGGGAUGCUGUAAGGAAGGAAGGAAGGAAACCGAGGCUCAGAGAGGGGAAGUGACUGGCCCAAGGGCACACAGCUGCUACAAUGGGUGUCUGGCAAAUGGGGACAAGGGCCGCCGCCGAAGCCGCCUGGCACUGAGCCGCCGGCCACAUGCCAACGGAGUGAAGCCAGACGUCCUGCACCACAUCUCCACACCACUGGUCUCCAAGGCCCUGAGUAACCGAGGCCAGCAUAGCAUCUCGUACACACUGUCCCGGAGCCACUCAGUCAUAGUGGAGUACACACAUGACAGCGACACAGACAUGUUCCAGAUUGGCCGCUCUACCGAAAACAUGAUCGACUUUGUGGUAACAGACACAUCUCCUGGCGGAGGAGCCACAGAGGGCCCUUCGGCCCAAAGUACCAUCUCCCGCUAUGCCUGCCGCAUCCUCUGUGACCGCCAGCCACCCUAUACUGCCCGCAUCUAUGCUGCUGGCUUUGAUGCUUCUAGCAACAUUUUUCUUGGAGAGCGGGCAGCCAAAUGGAGGACUCCUGAUGGUCUGAUGGAUGGCCUGACAACCAACGGGGUCCUGGUGAUGCACCCAGCAGGUGGCUUCUCCGAGAACUCUGCCCCAGGUGUCUGGAGGGAGAUUUCUGUCUGCGGGAAUGUGUACACAUUGCGGGAUAGCCGCUCAGCCCAGCAGCGGGGGAAGCUGGUGGAAAACGAAUCCAACGUCCUGCAAGAUGGUUCGCUCAUCGACCUAUGUGGGGCCACACUGCUGUGGCGCACUCCAGCAGGGUUGCUGAGGGCACCCACACUGAAACAACUGGAGGCCCAGCGACAGGAGGCCAACGCAGCACGGCCCCAGUGUCCCGUGGGCCUCAGCACCUUGGCCUUCCCCAGUCCAGCCCGUGGCCGCACAGCACCUGACAAGCAACAGCCCUGGGUCUACGUCCGCUGUGGUCAUGUCCAUGGCUACCAUGGUUGGGGCUGCCGGAGGGAGCGAGGCCCUCAAGAGCGCGAGUGUCCUCUGUGCCGCCUUGUGGGACCCUACGUGCCCCUGUGGCUCGGCCAGGAGGCUGGUCUCUGCCUGGACCCUGGGCCACCCAGCCACGCUUUUGCACCCUGUGGCCAUGUCUGUUCUGAGAAGACUGCCCGUUACUGGGCCCAGACGCCACUGCCGCACGGCACCCAUGCUUUCCAUGCGGCCUGCCCCUUUUGUGGGGCUUGGCUCACUGGUGAGCAUGGCUGUGUCCGCCUAAUUUUCCAGGGGCCGCUGGACUAG